CUCUCGCUUCGCCGUCGCCCCCCAGCAAAAACCCUACCUCUCGCCUCGCCGCCGCCUCCACGCCGCCGCCCUCGCUCCUCUCGGCUAGCGGGGAUUCCAAGCGCGAUAUAUCUCGAGGUGCCGGGCGCAGAGGCGAUGGUGGCCAAGCUGCGGCGCGACGACAUGUCGGAGGAGGCGAACCCCAUCUGCGACUCCGUCGCGUUCGGCAUCGUUGGCCAGGUGCUCCAGUCCGUGCGGAUGGAGCCGCAUCUAGCUGACUCGCAUGCUCUGGAGCAAUAUCAUAGAAUUGUAGGCAUUCUAGACACCAGCAAGAGAAGGAAUCCUGAUAAGGAGAACCCUGACAAGAAGGCUCUGUAUGUGACGUGUUUGAAGGCAUUAGCAUCAGAAAUAUCCAAAAUAGACAUCAAUUACCAUCAUUCUCUUCUGAAAAAUAUAUUCACUGUCUCCAUCUGGUAUUUGCCAAAUGAUACCAUUCCUGAGUUCUUGGAGCUAAUAACCAGAUUGGCUGCAGUGGCAGAUGAUUAUCUCACAGAAUGCCUGCAUCUGCUAGUGAACAACUUCGUCCCACCUCUUGUUGAUCGCACAAAGAUGGUUAAAUGGGCAGUUUCAAGGAAGACAUAUAUUUUUUCUCAACUGUGCAUGUGUUUGAUAAGAAUCUCCAAUAUUAUACCCUUAGCACCAAAGGUCUUAAGGGGUAUAAUUGAUAAGUGUAUGCCGAACUUAUUCGAUAGCAAAGAUAAGACAAUUUCAUUUGUCGAGUGCAUGUUGGGGCUAGAUACUGGAAGGAUGGGGGAUCUUAUCAGAGCUGUUUUGCUGGAUAAAAUUGUUCAUCUUCUAACAGAAUUAGAUGUUAAUAUAACCUGGGAAGGUAUUCUUCAAGAGCAACAUAACAAAGGUAUAUUUGACAUGGAGCUUCAAGAUUUGGAUGGCAAUGAGGAGGAGGAUGGCCUUGGACACGGAGGAGUAAAGGUUUUAUUGGGAGCAAAUGCACAUGCUGAAAAGCUUGAUGAUUUAAUGGUUGUUAUAUUUGAGCACUUCAAGUCAUUAGAUGCUCAGUGCCUGCAUAAGGAAUUCACAAUUUUGAAGACUAUAUUUCGAGCAUCUGUGCUGACAGUGGACACACCAAAAUUUGUCCAGUUUAUCAUGUUCUAUAUCUGCGCACGGGAUCCUGAAAUAUGUGCUCUCGAAUUUGCUCUUUUUCUUACUGACAUUUUUAAGAAUAAGGAAGAGGAUCCAAUUUCAAGAAUGUCCGCAGUUUCAUAUAUUGGAAGUUAUUUGUCUCGGGCAAGGUUUAUUUCUGACGAUACAGUUGUUGCUAUCAUUGGGAAGUUAGUAGAUUGGUUGGUUGACUACUGUGACCAUGAGAGCACAAGAGAGUCCACACCAAUUCCAAACCAUCAGUUAUUUUAUGCGACCUGCCAGGCUGUGAUGUAUUUCCUUUGCUUUCGCUUGAGAUAUAUUAUGGAUUGUCCAAAUCUUAAAUCAGAUCUGUUCCGUAUGCCUUUUGGAACUCUGUUUCACCACCAAUUGGAACCUCUAAAGGUAUGCUUGCCUUCGAUAGUAAGUGAGUUCCUGAGACAGGCGAAGGGUGCCAAAUUGGUCGCUAAAUUUGUGGAUCCAGCAGCUAAAGAUACAGUUGAAUCUGAUUGCUCAAGGACUUCUGGAGGAAUCAAUAGAUUUGACAUGUUCUUCCCGUUUGAUCCCUACCUACUCAAAGAAUCUGACAGAUACAUCAGUUCACAUUUCGAGGUCUGGUCCAUGGUCAUGACAGAGAGCGACGACAGUGAUGAUGUCCUUGACACCCCUGAGAUGAACGCGGAUGGUGGCGGCAGCUUCAGCAUGCCCGCGAGGAUCAAGCCUUCGGCGAGCCCUCCCAUGUCAGGAGACCCACCAUAGAUAGAAGAAGAUAAACAAUCACUGUAGGUCCAUUAUUGUGCCGCCGCUGCCUCCGGCCGGCAAGCAAGACCCGAUCCCAACUUGCUAGUUCUGCUGCCAAGCGCAGUGCCCUUGCUGCUAGUUACUACCAAGCUAGUGGUAGAUGCUGCUAGUGCACCACUGCAAGCAAAUAGUUAAUUGAAGUGAGCUUGAAUGAUUGAUUGCACCAAUAGAAAUACAUCCAAUUAAGAGAAAAAAAAUUAAACUGGUAUGCAUAUUAGUGUUGAAUUCCAACCAGCACGGCUAGAUUGCUGGGGACCUGACCACGGACAGAGCCGGUGGCGUUCUUGGCGAGGACUGACGCCAGGCGUCCUUGCCCCUGGUCGUGCAGCACUUGCUAGUUCAAUUGAAGUUGACGACAGCGGCGACAGCCAGCACGGUGCAGGUGCCGGCGAGUAGGAGAGCCCGCGCUGGCGUUCUUGGUGCCACCGCAGACGGACCUGCUGCUCUCCGGGUUCUACCUCUGGGCCGGCGAAGCCAAUGCAUUGGACGGCGAUGGCCACAUCGAGCUGGUCUGCUCGCCCAACAACCCCGACGGUGCCAUCCGCGAGGCCGUCCUGAGCUCCGAGUCCGGCAAGGCGAUCAACGACCUUGUGUACUAUUCACCUCAGUGCACGCCCAUCACCGGCGCUGCUGCCCACGACAUCAAACUCUUCACCAUGUCCAAGAUCACCGGCCACGCCGGCGCCAGACUCGAGUGGCCGCUGGUCAAGGACCGCGACGUGGCUAGGAAGAUGGUGUACUUCAUGGACCGGAGCGCUGGCGGGCCCUGCGCGCCGCCGUGGCCGCCACCGUCUAUUGCAGCUUCACCAAGCAAACCGUGGGAUCGAUGCCAGAUGCCCAACGCCCCAACCCAAGCACACAAAUUCCGUCAUUAUUGCAACUUGCUUUGAAUUCUCACUGGGUUUGCAAUCAGAAGCAGCGUUCGCGUGGCUGCGCUGCGAGAAGGAUGGCGUGGAGGACUGCGCCGAGUUCCUGCGCGGCCAAAGCAUCGUGGGGCGGGGCGGGGAGCAGUUCGGGGGAGGCGCCAGGUGCGUCAGGGUCAACAUGCUGGAUGUAACGAUCUGAUAAAAUUCGCUGGCGAUUUUCACCUGAUGGCAUGCACACAGCUAAGUCGGCCUAUGAGCUGCAGUUCAUCGGAUCAACCAAAAUGGAAGUGUCACAUAUCAUUUGGUCCGGCUGGGCCCCCGGCAAGUGCAGGUUCUUCCUUUGGACCGCGGCUCUUGGGAAAACACCAUCGGCAGAUCAUCUACAACGAAGAGGCUGGGCCAACAACUACUUCUGUGCUCUCUGUUUUAGAAAUCUGAAGACCCCAACGCACUUACUGGUUGAGUGCCCAUGGGCUUGGUGCAUUUGGGAUCAGAUUGCUGCUCAGGCAGGCAUGCAACAUCUACAGCCGGCAAACUGGCCGGCGAUUGGCAACCUGAAGGGAUGGAUGUCCAUUUGCUGGCACAAUGCACCAAAAGAAAAGAAAAAAGGCACUAUAUCGAUGAUCCAUCUGGUCGCCUGGGAGAUAUGGAAAGAACGCAAUAGACGUGUAUUUCAGCAGCGAGAAAUGACGACCACCCAACUGAUUAGGAUUGUUAGAGAGGAGAUUAAUUUGUGGAAUUUGGCAGGUGCCAAAAUCCCAUUUGAUCCGGGCUGAUUGUUUUUCUCUUCUUUCUUUUUAGCGCCAGGCCUUUUCUAGUGCUUUCUCUCCUGGGUUUUUUGCUUGUAUUAUUCCCUUGCUAAUCAACGAAUUUGGGAGAUCUCCUACCAACAUUCAAUUUUGUGUUGCAUGUAUAUUGAAAUUGUGGUCCACC